UAGCUGUAAAUAAAAUAACAAAAACUAUGUCGGUGUUUGACGGCGAAAUAGAAUUCAAAUCUGUUUAUAUGAAUGAUUUUGUCAAAAAGGAAAAACCGAAAAGCCCACGUCGAAAGGCAGUGGAUGACGACUGUCUAAUCGUGGGCCUGGGCCGCGACGCUCUCAAGCCCAGAGACAAGCCGCGCAAGAGCCCAGAUCUGCUUUGCCCACUCAAACAUGAAUACUACAAAGAGGCUAUUACUAGGUUUUCAGAAGACUAUCCGAAAUUAGCUAAACAACAUAUGACCAAAGAUAUAGAUCCAGUACCCAUUGAAAACGACUUACAAGAUCUUAACAGGACGGAAUAUCUUGUCAAAUAUUGUUCCAGAGAGUUGCCCUUCAUGUCUGUGAACCUGGCGCGUCGGGCGCGUGCGCUGCAAACGCUGCGGCUGCCCGACGAUGUGGAGAUACCCGACACAAGCCAGCGCGGCAGCUACCGCCACCCCGCGCCGGAGAAGUACGCAGAACAUCCUUCCAAGAUGUCCAUGAAACCUAAAUUUGAUGACUCGCUGACAAAGGAACUACGUCGCAUCUUGCGUGUAACGACAGGAGAUACGACAUACGACGUGUGUCACGGCUUGCUAGCCAAAGUGGUGCUUGAUAAGAACCCUUUCGGGCCUCCGCGGGAGGAGCCGAAGUACGGCAGAUGGAAGACACCGUAUACUUACACCUAUUAUGUGUAAACCAAUACAGUGAAUCCUGAUCUUCGUUUCAGUUUAUGUUUAGUUUACAAAAUUAGUCUAUUACUGUGGUUUUCUG